AAACAUUUUAAAAACCUACCAUCUCCAAAUCAAAAAAGAAAUUAGGUGUUGCUAGCUGCUUCAAUCAGAAAAAUGGCGGAUGCAGUGAAGUUGUAUGGCACUGUCUUAAGUGCAUACGUUUCCAGAGCGAAAAUCGCUUUGAAUAUCAAGGGAAUCAAGUACGAAAAUCUUGAAGAAGAUCUCAGCAACAAAAGUGCCGACCUUUUGAAGUACAAUCCCGUUUUUAAGAAAGUACCGGUGUUGCUACAUAAUGGAAAACCGAUCUCGGAGUCUCUUGUGAUCGUUGAGUACAUCGACGAUGUCUGGAAAGGAGUGCCGAUUUUGCCUCAGGAUCCUUAUGAGAGGGCUAUUGCUCGAUUUUUGGCAAAAUUCAUUGAUGAAAAGUGUAUCCCUGUGAUUAAGGCUGUUGGCAGCAAUGGGGAUGAGAAGGCUAUCGCAGAAGCUUGUGAGCAACUUCAAAUACUAGAAAACCAACUCAAAAUCAAAGGCACCAAAUUCUUUGGAGGCGACAGCAUUGGUCUGGUUGAUAUUGCAGCUGAUUUCAUAGCUUAUUGGCAUGCAAUAAGGGAAGAAGCAGCUGGAAUAAAGUUCUUCACUGAAGACAAGUUUCCAAAACUGACCAAAUGGGCUGAUGAUUUCGUUAACAGUGAAGCUGUGAAGAAUACCUUGCCACCACGUGAACAGAUGCUUGCAUUUUACUUGAAGUUUUUCGGAAAGGCUAAUGGUAUGUGAAGUUUAUAAACUUCCAUGAUCGUUUUGUUUUGUUAGGGGUAUGCAUGAUGCAUGUGUUGUUAUUGAAGUUGAAGUUUCCGUUACGUCCAUCUAUCGUUGUUGAAAUAAGCAGCUCUUAUAUGCUUACGUAUUUUUGUAUUAUGUAGUAUGUGAGAGUUCCGAUGUUAAUUACCGGUUUCCUACAUUUUGGUACGUAUGCAAUAUAAAACCAUUAUCUUGGAGAUAUUGUCCGGGAAGAUGAGCUAGUACAUGUAUGUGUUGUUGA